GGUCGCAGUGAAGGUUCAAAACGCUUCGUUUCCGCGUCGUCUCUGUUCGUUCUCUCUCUGCUUCUCUGUGGAGAGACCAGAAAGUCCGAAGAACAAAGCCUGACACACAGCGCUCCCUCCCAGAAUCUAAAAAAAAAAACACAAAUUCCUUAUCUACGCGCGUGCUUUUCACUCUUCGUUCUCUUCUUCGAUCCUGCAUUCACCAUUCUCGCAACUCUGCAACACCUCUCGACCACCCCUCCCCAACCAAUUCACCAUUAUCCAUCCCCCCACCCCGCCGGGGGGGCGCAAAAGAAACCAGAGUAUAAGCCUCCCCCCAGAAACCAAGCUCUUCGUUUCGUCCGUCCCCCCGAAACCAUCUCCAUUGAAGUGCCACAGAUAAUGCAUUAUGAGUUCUUGGAGGUCAGAGUUGCAAAAGAGUAACAGAAAGUUUUGGGUUUUCCGGGAUUGCCCAAUUGGUUAAGUUGUGUGCCACAUUCGAAAGGGAAUAUGGCUCUUAGGAAGUAUGUUCCUUCUGGUGAUUCCCAGAAGGAUCUGAAACCAUUGAGAUUUUCCAGAAAAGCACAUGAGAAUACUCAACCAGCGGAUCUGGAAACAAGUCAUACAAUGGAGGAUGAUGUGGAUAUUGAUCUCAGAGAAGUUUAUUUUCUUAUUAUGCAUUUUCUUUCAGCUGGGCCAUGUCAUAGAACUUAUGGACAGUUUUGGAAUGAACUUCUUGAACAUCAACUCUUACCUAGAAGAUAUCAUGCUUGGUAUUCAAGGAAUGGGACACAUAGUGGGGAUGAGAAUGAUGAUGGCUUGUCAUUUCCAUUAAAUUACACCAUGUUAGAGGAGAGGUAUCCUCACAUUGGAAAGGAUCACUUGGUAAAGCUUUUGAAGCACUUGUUAUUAACUGCAGCUCCUACAUCAUGUGACAUCAGUGGUAGAAAUGCUCCAAAUGCAGCUGAUGUACCUACUCUUCUUGGGAUGGGUUCAUUUUCACUUCUAAGCUAUGAUAGGAAUGACAAAAAUAAUGAUAUCAAGUGCCCUGCUGGUUACAUGCGUUGGCCUCAUAUGAAAGCGGAUCAGGUUCGUGGGCUAAGUUUGAGGGAAAUAGGGGGUGGUUUCACCAGACAUUGUCGUGCACCAUCUAUUCGUGCGGCAAGUUAUGCCAUAGCAAAACCAUCUACAAUGGUACAAAAGAUGCAAAAUAUCAAGAGGCUAAGGGGACACCGGAAUUCCGUAUAUUGUGCAAUUUUUGAUCGCUCUGGGAGAUAUGUUGUUACUGGCUCAGAUGAUCGCCUUGUAAAAAUCUGGUCGAUGGAAACAGCUUAUUGUUUGGCCAGCUGCCGUGGGCAUGAAGGUGACAUCACGGACUUGGCCAUGAGUUCCAACAAUGCUUUGGUGGCAUCCUCUUCAAAUGAUUGUACCAUUCGAGUUUGGCGUUUGCCAGAUGGGUUUCCCAUCUCGGUUCUGAAGGGACAUUCUGGAGCUGUUACUGCUAUUGCAUUUAGCCCGAAGCCUAGCUCAGUUUAUCACCUUCUAUCGUCGUCUGAUGAUGGAACAUGUAGGAUAUGGGAUGCUAGGUAUUCCCAGUUGAGUCCAAGGAUAUAUGUUCCAAGGCCUUCAGAUUCUGCAGCUGGAAAAAACAAUGGUCCAUCCUCAAGUAUUGUUCGACAGAGACAUCAAAUUUUUUGUUGUGCAUUUAAUGCUAAUGGAACUGUCUUUGUCACUGGUAGCUCUGACACACUUGCGAGGGUGUGGAAUGCUUGUAAACCCAAUGUGGAUGAUUCAGACCAACCAAAUCAUGAGAUAGAUGUGUUAUCAGGCCAUGAGAAUGACGUCAAUUACAUACAAUUUAGUGGAUGUGCUGUAGCAUCCAGGUUAUCUAUGUCUGAGACCUCAAAGGAAGAUGAUAUUCCAAAAUUUAGGAACUUCUGGUUCACUCACGACAACAUAGUUACCUGUUCUCGUGAUGGCAGUGCAAUUAUUUGGAUUCCCAGAUCGCAUAGAUCACAUGGCAAAGCUGGUCGAUGGACAAAAGCUUACCAUCUCAAAGUUCCACCUCCGCCAGUGCCACCUCAACCUCCACGAGGGGGUCCUCGUCAAAUAAUGCUUCCAACUCCUCGUGGUGUUAAUAUGAUUGUUUGGAGCCUAGACAAUCGAUUUGUCCUUGCUGCUAUCAUGGAUUGCAGAAUAUGUGUUUGGAAUGCUGCUGAUGGCAGCUUAGUACAUUCUUUGACGGGUCAUACUGAAUCUACAUAUGUUUUGGAUGUUCAUCCCUUCAAUCCACGGAUAGCUAUGAGCGCUGGUUAUGAUGGAAAAACCAUUGUGUGGGAUAUAUGGGAAGGCACGCCUAUAUGGAUAUAUGAUAUUUCACGUUUCAAGCUGGUAGAUGGGAAGUUUUCACAGGAUGGGACAUCGAUUAUUCUUUCGGAUGAUGUUGGUCAACUGUAUAUAUUAAAUACAGGCCAAGGCGAGUCCCAAAUGGAUGCCAAAUAUGAUCAGUUCUUUCUUGGUGAUUAUCUCCCCCUUAUUUAUGAUACCCAUGGUAAUGCACUCGACCAGGAAACUCAGCUUCCACCGUAUAGACGGAAUCUGGAAGAUCUCCUUUGUGGCUCAGACAUGGUGCCAUACCCUGAACCCUAUCAGACUGCAUACCAGCAAAGACGGUUAGUAGCUCUGGGUAAAGAAUGGCAUCCUUCUACUUUGAGACUAGCCAUGGGGCCUGAUUUCAGCGUAGAUCCAGACUACCAAAUGCUGCCUUUGGCAGACUUGGAAUUUUUUCCUGAUCCAUUGCCAGAAUUUGUAGAUGCAAUGGAUUGGGGACCAGAAAAUGAAGUGCAAAGUAAUGAUACUGAUUCAGAGUACAAUGUUACUGAAGAUUAUAUUACUGGAGGAGAGCCAGGAACUUUUAGUUUGAUUUCCUCUGGUGAUCCAGAGUGUAGUGCAGAAGACAGUGAGGCUGACACACGAAUGGACAGCCUUCGAAGAUCAAGGAGGAAAAAGGCAGAAGUUGAGAUUAUGACGUCUUCUGGGAGGCUUGUUAAAAGGAGGAAUCUGGAAGAGUGUGAUGACAACUCAGCCAGAGGUAGCCAAACUAGGAAAUCAAGAAAUGGCCGAAAAUCUUCAAAGAGGAAAUCUUCCACAUUAAAGUCUUUUAGACCCCAAAGAGCUGCUGCGCGAAAUGCUCUUACUUUGUUUUCAAAAAUCACAGGAACAUCUACAGAGUGUGAAGAUGAAGAUGGCUUGGAAAAUUUGUCAGAAAGCAAAUCUGCAUUGCAAGAUUCAAUCAUUGGGAGUGAUGAAUCCGAUAGAUCUUUAUCAAAUGAGCAAACUAAGCAUUUAAAAGGUAAAGAAGUAUCUUUGGAUCAGUCCAAGGAUGCUGUUGAAUGUUAUGAACUACCUGAGUACCAUAAAGAUGGUGGAAACCGGAGGAGAUUGGUCCUCAAAUUGCCAAUUCAGGAUUCAAGUAAGCUUGUGCUUCCAGGGAGCACAUUACAUAAAAGCAACUACCAGGCUGAUUUGGUGGGAUCGUCAUCUAAGGCUUCUCAGGCGGCCAUCGAAGAAAAUGGGGAUCAGAAAAGCUCUAGGGAUUCAAGGUACCAUUCUGGUGAUGCAAUCUGCAGCAUUAUAGAAAAAUUAGAUAAGGUUGAAGAUCAUUUAAACCUGUCUGAAAGCUAUGAUACUCAUCAAAUUAAAUGGGUAGGGGCCAAGGCUCGAACAUCCAAGCGUCUGAGAUUUGGGGAAGGCAUGUCAUCAGACACUCAGGCCAGGUCUCGUGCAAGUCUGGGUAGUCAUGAUGAAAAAGACAAUAAUACUGUUGGACACGUAAAAUCUCAAAUGGAUUGUGAUACGAUAUCCCCCUUUUCAGAAAUUCACAUUUAUGGGAAUAAUAUGGAUGGGUUGCCACUAACAAACGGUUCAAAUAUUGUUGGUAUUACCCCUGAGGGUAUUAAUCGUGAUACAACAAAAUCUAUUCACUGGGCUGCUCAGGAUGCCACCCUUUCUUUGCAGUACAAGAAUGAGAAUGAUCAGCAUCCGGAACAAAGCGAGAGAAUUACACCAAUCUCCACAAAGUUCACAAUAAUGGCAAGUAGGGUUUUAAGGGAUUCUGCAUCUCAUAAACAGGAAAUGAAAUUUUCAGUAGAAAAUGGUGACAAUGGUUGGCAUGAAAGUCCUUUGGACAAGGAACAGGAUCUAGCUGUACCUGAGGAUGAUGGAGACAGUAGAAUUAGUACAGAUCAUGGCGAUGAAGCACAAGAAUUGCACACUCAGAUGGAUAAUGAUUCCUUCUCCAUUACACAUGAGUUGCAUUCGAAUACAAACAAAGUCUAUACUGCUGUUUACAAAAGGUUGAAAUCAAACAGUAGUAAGGCAAUUUUAGAAGUGGAUGGUGGUGGGAUGGGAGAAAGCAUUUCAAAUGCAAGCAACCAGAGUCUAACUGGAGGACUGGAGUCUCAAGAAGGCUCUUUUGCUUGGGCUCGUAGGACAAGGUCCAUGGGACUGAAGGCAUCUACACAUGAGUCAGAUGUGAUCAGUGAUAGUCUCAUGACGACGCAAGGUCAUGAAUUGGGGCAUACAUUUAGAAGUACCGAUUAUAGAUCCACAAACAGAUAUCAACUCCCCUGUGAAAAUUGGGGAUCAAGUUCUAGGAUGACUGUUGGACUGAGGUCUACUCGAAACAGGAGGAGUAGUAAUUAUGUCCGUGAGUGGGAUCCAAUUGGUAGAAGGAAGUCACAUCGGUCAGCUAGAACAGGAUCUUGGUUACUGUUGACGACACAUGAGGAGGGCUCCCGAUAUGUCCCCCAGCAAGGGGAUGGGGUCGUCUAUUUAAGACAGGGCCAUCAGGAGUAUAAUAAUUAUUUUAAUUUAAGAGAAGUGGAAACUUGGACAUCAUUGAAGGGUAACAGAGGAGCUGUGGAAUUUUGUAAAGUUGAAAACCUCGAAUAUUCCUCACUUGCUGGGUCUGGGGAUAGCUGCUGUAAAAUGACACUUCAAUUUGUAGAUCCGGAUUCCAGUGUUUUCCAUAAAUCUUUUAAAUUAACUCUGACUGAAGUGACUGGCUUCCCAGACUUCCUUGUUGAAAGAACUAGGUUUGAUGCUGCUAUGAAGAAAAAUUGGACAUUGAGGGAUAAAUGCAGAGUCUGGUGGAAAACUGAAGGUGAAGAAGAUGGUAGUUGGUGGGAUGGUCGUAUCGUGUCUGUAAAGGCCAAAUCAGAUGAUUUUCCUGACAGUCCAUGGGAGAGGUACACUAUUCAAUACAAGAGUGAUCCCAGAGAAAGGCAUAAUCAUAGUCCUUGGGAGCUCUUUGAUGCUGAUACUCAAUGGGAGCAGCCUCAUGUUGAUGAUGAGAUCAGAAUUAAGCUGCUGUCUGCUUUUGUGAAGUUAGAGCAGUCAGGCAACAAAUCCCAGGAUCGUUAUGGGGUUCAAAAAUUGAAAAAUGUUUCAGAUAAGUCAUAUUUUACAAACAGGUUUCCUGUUCCGUUGUCUCUUGAAGUGAUCCAGGCAAGAUUAGAGAACAACUACUAUCGAAGUUUGGAGGCAUUGAAGCAUGACAUCUCAGUCAUGCUGUCAAAUGCCGAAUCUUACUUUGGAAAAAAUGCAGAAAUGUCAGGAAAAAUAGAGCGCCUAUCAGACUGGUUCACACGGACAUUGUCAUCUUUGUAGCUCCUACAUAGAGUUCUGUAGAGAAGUAGGUCCAUGAUCAUUGAUGGGGUUCGACUCCCAUCUGGGAUUUUUCCUCUAUUUUUUUGUAGAUAUAGUAUUGUACUAUUGAUUCUUAUUUAUAUAGAGGUUUUUUUUUUUUUUUUUUUACACCCUUUAGUUUCAAUUUUGGGAAUUGGUUAGUCUUUUGGGAACCCAGGAAUUAGCCAGUUUCCGUGUAAGUUUUUCCUGACAGAAAAAUUCAUUCUUGUAUAGACAGACAAACAGACGCUCGAUAUUUUCAUUAAUAACAAUGAUGGCAAAAAAGGUCUAGCAUUCUUGACUGACA